UAUAAAUAAGCUGUUUCCAUGAGCCGUUUUGAUCAUCAAGCAGAUAGCAGUAAAUCAAAUCUUUUAAAACAUCAUAAAACUUUUCUGAUUUCUCUGUCCUAUAUCCCAAAGAAAUCAAGAUGAUAAGUGCUAAGAAACUCAUCAAAAUGGCAAGGAAAUGGCAAAAGUUUGCGGCCAAGCAAAGGAAGAGAAUUUCUUUUCCAAGAUCCAAUUACAAUGCAGAGAGUUAUAGCACGUCAUCUCCUGUAGUUGACAAAGGGUAUUUUGUGGUGUAUACAACUGAUCAGAAGCGAUUUGUGGUUCCUUUGGCUUAUCUUCAGCACAAGGUAAUCAGACAACUGUUGCACAUGUCUGAAGAAGAGUUUGGACUUCCAAGUGAUGGACCUAUUACAUUACCAUGUGAUGAACUAUUCAUGAACUACAUCAUAUCACUCAUCAGCAUAGGUGUAGCUGCAGAUCUUCAGAAUGCUUUGCUCGUAUCAGUUGCUUCGAGUCGAUCCUCAUUAGCUUCAUACCUUCUAGAACAAAGAAACCCGCACUUGCUAGUUUGUUAAGCUAACUGUGAUAAGUUUUGUAAUGGAUACAUGAUACUCAACAAGUGUACAGAUUAACGUCUAAUUGUUCAUAAAAAGAAAUCCAUAUUCUUGACUCCAAAUUGGUCUAUUCUUUAGAAAAUUAGGAAAAUCUGGUUCCUUUCUGUUGGCUUUCUAAUAUUCUUGCACCAGUAAUAUGUAGCUU